UGUUUCCAUUAUGGCAUGAUAAACACUUCUUAUAGCAAUGGUAUCAGGACACAGACGCUAACACACUGGCGAAAAUGGAUUACAAACUUAUACCGAUCCUGGUGUUUGGCCUCAUUAGUCGUUCCAAGGCAUGGCAUCAGUUCUCUAAUACUCAGUAUCAUUGCUGGCCUCUCUCAGCUAACGAAGCUAAUCCACAGCCUUAUGACCCAUGUCCAGGUGUAGACUUGAGUUGGAUUGAACCUCCCCCCGAUACUGUGACGGAACAGGAGGCUUUUAACACCACAACACACCUCAUCCUACUGCCAAGCUUUUACUCAUGGGCCGUGGGACUCAGCAUGUUCAGCAACGCAAACGGAAGUGUGGGCAUUAGUGACGCCAGUCUUGCCCAGCAGUGGUGCGAGACGACAACGUGUCCCACUGUGUCCCUAGCAGCACAAGACAACUGUUGUGUCCACCACAUGAACAUCCACAGUUGUCCCAUGGACGGGAAUCUGGACGUGUGUGGACCUUGGAUCCCGCCAAACGGCCAGGUCUUCACGCACUCCAAUGUCCUGGUCGGGUCAUCCGCCCAGGAAAACUGGACUAACUACGUGGGGGGUCUUUACGUCACUGGGCAGACUUCUAUCAUUGCCCACUUCAAAGUAGCCGGCAUCAGUAUAGCGCUCAUCAAGAUGAUGAAAGUUCUACCCAAAGCAGUGUGCGGUGAUGAUAAGUGUGAGCCGGAAGAGACGUGUACCACGUGUGUAGCCGACUGUGGGUCGUGUCCAUUGGAGCCGUGGGCAUUGACCUUGAUAAUCCUCGGGUUAUUGACAGUUAUCUUGGUGUUUGUAGGCCUCCUGCUUAAAAUACAGUAUCAGAAGAGGAAACUUCUCCUAGACGAAAGUUGGAUUUACCAAUACGACGAAGUUGUUCAAGAACUAGAGCCUCGACAUGCGUUUGGAAGCUGUAUUAGUCGACGAUCAAUGGGCGGUCUGGGGAUGGACGACGCCAUCAGUACAACCGGAUCCUUUACCGCGUUCAAACAAAUGUUUGCCAGCACUGGUGUCGUGGACGGAAAGACUGUAACCAUACGAAAAAUAAAUAAAAAACAAUUUGUGUUGACGAGGAGGAUCAGAGAGGAAGUCCGGUCUGUAAGGACAAUGGAUCAUGCCAACCUGUGUAAGUUUGUGGGAGGAUGUAUAAAGGAUCCGAAUGUAUGUAUCCUCAUGGAAUAUUGUCCGAAGGGAAGUCUGAUUGACGUCUUAUUGAACGACGACAUACCGCUUUCUUGGUCCUUUCGGUUGUCUUUCGCUACUGACAUUGCACAGGGGAUGACGUAUCUGCACAGUCAUACCAUGGCUCACGGCAGAUUGAAGGCUCAUAACUGCGUUAUCGAUGACCGGUGGAGUGUAAAGAUCACAGAUUAUGGCUUGCCGACGUACCGAACUAAUGAGUUUGAUGACGAUCAUGAUGGUGAUAUCCACAUGAAAACAUCGUGUUAUCAAAUAUAUUACGCACCUGAGUUUAAAAAGAAUAUGGAGUCAUCGAAGAAGGCCUCGCCCCUAAUGGUGCUGCCGUCUACCGAGGGAGAUGUUUACGCCUUCGGUGUUAUCCUUGUAGAGAUUGCUACGCGCAAUGAAGCUUAUGGGGACGAGGACUGGUCCGCCCUGCCGCUGGAUUGGAAACCUCCGAUUCCUGCAUUUGGGGAAAAUGAAGAUAACGAUAAUAGAUGUCCCUGUCCUGAACAGUACUGUAAAUUGAUUGUGUCCUGUUGGAAUAAUAAUCAGUUUGAUCGACCCAAAUUUGACAUAAUCAAGAAGAUUCUGCAAAAGAUGAACCCCAGUAAGCUCAACCCUGUAGACCUGAUGAUGAAUAUGAUGGAGAAGUAUUCCAAGCACCUGGAGUCGCUGGUGACGGACAGGACAAAGGAACUCAUACUGGAGAAACAAAAGACUGACCGGUUACUCUACAACAUGUUACCUAAGACUGUUGCCGAUGAACUUCGACAUGGACGUCCUAUCCAGGCCGAGACGUACGAAAUCUGCACCAUCUUUUUCAGUGACAUAGUGGGAUUCACGUCUCUCAGUAGCGGAAGUACGCCUAUGGAAGUUGUCGCCCUGCUCAAUAAACUAUACAUCACCUUUGACGAAAUCAUUGAAAAAUUCGAUGUCUACAAAGUGGAAACAAUAGGAGAUGCAUAUAUGGUUGUUUCUGGUGUGCCGAAUGUAACUGAAGCCCACGCUUCCGAAAUUGCUAAGAUGGCACUCGAACUUGUUGAAGAAAGCAAGAUAUUUGUGAUUCCACAUCGAAAUGGAGACAAUCUGAAAAUUCGUGUAGGACUACAUUCAGGUCACGUCUGCGCUGGAGUGGUCGGAAUGAAGAUGCCUCGUUACUGUCUAUUUGGAGACACAGUUAACACUGCCUCCCGCAUGGAGUCGAACGGUGAAGCCUACAGAAUUCACAUCAGUGAUUCUACACACACGGAACUGGCUCUGUAUGACGAAUUCGUGUUCGAGGAGAGAGGUGCAAUCCCUAUAAAGGGGAAAGGGGACAUGAACACGUGGUGGUUGCUAGGUGCAGGUAAGACCCUGGGAAAAGAAAAGGAUAAUAACAUCACAAUUACAGACGAGGAAAAUAUUCUUAUAGACGAAAUUAUUACAGUGACUGAAAAGAAACAAAAUCCGAUAAUAAAAAACGCCGUUGAAAACAAGAACGAGAAACAAAAUGGAAACGUUGACGGAUGCAUCACACUGUUAAAGAACCUUAAUAAUAAGGUAGUGAUGGGUCCACAGCAGCCAGCACAGAAAGGCAUCAGGUUUGAGUAGAGUAGGUGAAGUAUAGCUUUCACGUGACUGAUAUGUUUACUAUCAUAUGUACCAUUAUAUUGUGUUCGUGAAGAAUAAGGACCCGAAAAAUAGCCACUGUGUUUGUAUAAUAAGUGGUAUAUUUCCUUUGAUAUGUCUCCCUAUGUUGCCUAACGUUAUACACGUUAUUACAGGUGUGUUCUGACAGCACUGUUUGGAGGCAUGGUAAUCUAUGUGGAACACAGAAUGCUACAGGUGUAUUAAUCUGUAAAGAAUAUUUCCUGUAUUUGCUUCGCUUACAAAUCUCUAUAUUCUGUAUGAUAACAAUGUGUGUCUGCUGAUAAAAAUAAUAUGGUACAUGUUCUCAUCACAUUUCUUUGUUAUUUAAUUUACCUAUAAGUGUACUUUGAUAAAAAAAAAAAAAAAAAGUAUGAAAGUGUUAUGAUUGACGGAAUAGUUUUUUUCUGAUAUUUGAUAUUUAGUUUACUUACUUUGACAAAGAGGUCUAAACAUUGUGAUGUGAUAAAUAGGAUAUUAUACUCGUGUUUAUCCAUCGAAUAGCCUAUUGCACUCUUGUUUGUCUGAUUUAUUUGGACAGUUAGCAACUUUCUUUUUCAAAACGAAAUCUGUGUCAAAUAAUGAAUAGAAAGUUUUUCUCCUAUAUACAUGUUUGGACAAAGGUUGUGUACGGAAAUCUGACCGAACAGAGUAGUAUGAAAUAUAGUAUGUUGUAUUUGUUUUUAACUAAUAUAUAUUGACAUUUAGCUUUUCAUUUGAAAACGAACUGUCUGCACAAAAUGAAAUUUUAAAUAGAAAAUUGUACUUUUGCUAAACUCAUACAUUGUAUACAUAUAUGGACUGUAUACAUUGUACGUAUAUAUAUCAGCGGUAUUCUAAGUUUAGCGCUUUUACAUUUUCAACAAUGCGCUAAUUGAAAAUUUUGUAUAUAAUUUGUAUUCUGUGAGUGCGCCAAUUCAUUAAUGCGAUUGUCUGUUAAAAUUCUAUUUUAAGCUAACAUUUGUCUCAGCUAAAAUAACUACUCAUACCGUAUUUUAACUUUGUUGAAUUUCUAAAUAAAUUUUGUUAUGGUAAUUAGAUAUUGUACUCGUGUUUCUCUCAUACAUAUGAACAUUGAGCUUAAAUACUUUGAUAAAUAUUCUGAACACAUUGUGUUAUGAUAAAUAGAACAUUGUACCCGUAUUUCUGUUAUACAUAUGAACAUUCUGAACACAUUUUGUGAUGAUAAUAAGAAUAUCGUAUUCGUGUUUACUUGUAUUUCAUAUAUACGAAUGAGCUUAAAUACUUUUGAUACAUUUUCUCUCAAUGGAAAACUUCAGACUCUAUAAUCAUUCACUUAAUGAAUAAAUAUUUUCCGCUGCGAUAUGUAUUCAGAUUAAUGAAAUAAUCUUAGGCUGGACUUAAGGUGAGACUGGGUUAUUGUUCGAGAAUGAUAUGUUGUUUGGGAAUGGGAUAUUGUUUCAGACUGGACUAGUAUUAUUCAUGCACUCCAUAAUAUUAACUUGUGCAUGUUAUUCAAAGUUGAUGGUUGUGAAUGUUAAUUAUAUGUUGACGAAUUAUCUUUGCUCGUAGAUCUUUUCAUUGAGAAAUAGUCGGAGACAUCCAAGUUAGCGGAGACGUCCUGUUUUCACAAACAGGCUUAAAAGAAAAAUAUAAA